GCCUGUCGCGGGGCGGGGCCAGGCGGCCGCUGGGGGCGGGGCCCGCGGGCGCGCCAGAGCGACGGGUGAGCUGCGGGUGAGACGCGGCGGUUGCGGGCAGCGGCGGGCUCGUCCCUCAGGGGCCCGCGGUGUGGGCGCCGAGGAUGUGCGGCCGGAUGUCCUGCCACCUGCCCACGGAGGUCCUGGCCCGAGCCUGCGCCUACCGGGACCGACAGGGCCACCAGCGGCUCCCGGAGUGGAGGGACCCCGACCGGUACUGCCCCUCGUACAACAAGAGCCCGCGCUCCAGCAGCCCGGUGCUCCUGUCCCGGCUGCACCUGGAGAAGGACGCAGACUCGUCCGAGCGGAUCAUUGCACCCAUGCGGUGGGGCCUGGUCCCCUACUGGUUCAGAGAAGCGGAUCCUUCCAAGCUGCAGAUCAACACCAGCAACUGCCGCAGCGACACCAUAAUGGAGAAGCGGUCCUUCAAGGUGCCUCUGGUCAAGGGGAGACGCUGUGUCGUCUUGGCGGACGGAUUCUACGAGUGGCAGCGACGUCAGGCCACGAACCACCGGCAGCCCUACUUCAUCUACUUCCCCCAGGUCAAGCCCGAGAAGUCCGAGCAGGUGGGUGCUGUGGCCAGCCCCGAGGACUGGGAGAAGGUCUGGGACAACUGGAGGCCGCUGACGAUGGCCGGGAUCUUUGACUGCUGGGAGCCCCCGGAGGGAGGAGACUGCCUCUAUUCCUACAGCAUCAUCACAGUGGACUCCUGCAAAGUCAUGAACGACAUCCACAACAGGAUGCCUGCCAUACUGGAUGGCGAAGAGGCGGUCUCCAAGUGGCUGGACUUUGGUGAGGUCCCAGCUCAGGAAGCUCUGAAGUUGAUCCGCCCCACAGAGAACAUCGCCUUCCACCGGGUGUCGUCCGUGGUGAACAGCUCCCGGAACAACGCUCCCGAGUGUCUGUUCCCGCUCCACCUGCUGGCCGGAAAGGAGCUCAGGGUGAGUGCCAGCAGCCAGAAGAUGCUGCAGUGGCUGGCCACGAAGUCACCCAAAAAGGAAGAGCCCAGAACACCCGAAAAGGCAGAGCCAGAUGUGCCCCAGUGGUCCAGCCAGUUCCUGCAGAAGAGCCCAGUAACCCCCAAGAGAGGCAGCGCCGGCCUCCUGGAGCGAUGGCUGAAGCGGGGGCAGGAGGAAGAGCCUGUGGCCAAGCGGCCUCACACGCAGUAGCGCAGGUCUUCCGGAGACCGCAGCCGAGGGGCACAGCGCUGAAUACCACGCGAUCACAGGGCGUGCGUGCGUGCGUGCGUGCGUGUGUGUGUGUGUUGGGGGAGUUCCAAGCCGAGAGGUGCUGUGCUGAAUCCUACUGUUGAUCACAGGUUGCUGAAUACCACGCGAUCACAGGUCGUGUGUGUGUGUGUGUGUUGUGUGUGUGUGUGUGUGUGUGUGUGUGUGUGUUGGGGGAGUUCCAAGCCGAGAGGUGCUGUGCUGAAUCCUACUGUUGAUCACAGGUUGCUGAAUACCACGCGAUCACAGGUUGUGUGUGUGUGUGUGUGUGUGUGUGUGUGUGUUGGGGGAGUUCCAAGCCGAGAGGUGCUGUGCUGAAUCCUACUGUUGAUCACAGGUUGCUGAAUACCACGCGAUCACAGGUCGUGUGUGUGUGUGUGUGUGUGUGUGUGUGUGUGUGUGUUGGGGGAGUUCCAAGCCGAGAGGUGCUGUGCUGAAUCCUACUGUUGAUCACAGGUUGCUGAAUACCACGCGAUCACAGGUCGUGUGUGUGUGUGUGUGUGUGUGUGUGUGUUGGGGGAGUUCCAAGCCGAGAGGUGCUGUGCUGAAUCCUACUGUUGAUCACAGGUUGCAUUUGCAGGGGCUGGGGAGUGGUGGAGUGGCUCCCCUCAUAGCUCAGUGUUAGUUCAGGGUUUCGGCCUCCCCUGACAGUGCGUGCUGGCUGUGACCAGGACUGCCCGGCGGGGUGGGCGGGCAACCUGGGGAGAGGCGCGGGCCACCCCAUCAGCUCCGAGGGAAGGGAGGGACCGCUGGCCCACAGCCCUCUCCCGGUGGCCGGGUGGGCCCUCCCUCAGAGCCUGUCCCUACUGGCGGAUCUCAGCAGAGGCCUUAUUCUGCUCAGCUUAUGGGCUUUUUCAGUGUUUGGGAGUUAGGUUCUUAAAACAUUGUCUUUUUUUCUGAAUAAACUGUAUUUGAUAACCUGUCUAGAAAAUGCUGCCGGUGAGAGGAACUGUUUCCUCCUGGCCGUGGUCCAAAGGAAUGAUUUUGUCACAAGCAGGGGGGCAACUGGGGUUUUUGCUGUCAAAACUGCUUUUUUGUAAACAAUAAAAAGACUUGGCAGGGGGCUCUUUCUUGAGUCUUUAACUCAA